AUGGAUUCCUCUCCGUCCUCUUCUCUCUCCUCUCUGGCUUCGUUCCCACGGCACCAACAUCCGCUCCUCCCACCAUCUCGACGGCCUCCUCCGUCACGCCUCUCCUUUCGCCCCAUCGCUCCAUUCCGCAAUGUUGCCGACGGUAAAUGCGCCUCCUUCGUUUUCACCUCCGUCUGCGGCCCCUCCCUCGUCCACAUGGCCAUCACCCUCGACAUGGAGUACCUUCGCGGCUCCAUCGUCGCCGUCCACUCAAUCCUCCAACACUCCCAGUGCCUGGAGAACAUCUUCUUCCACUUCCUCAUUUUCGAAACCAACCUCGAAUCCCUCGUCAAAUCCACCUUCUCGCAAUUGAACUUCAAGGCCUAUUACUUCGAUCCAAAGAUCGUCCGCAACUUGAUCUCUACCUCCGUCAAAAAUUACCUCACUGACCUCCUCGAACCCUGCGUCGAGAGGGUUAUAUACCUCGACUCCGAUCUGGUUCUCGUCAACGACAUCUCAAAUUUCAGAAUUUUAGAAUUCCCUCUCUAUAGAGAAUUUAGAAUUCCAAAAUUUUAG